CCCUUGGGCGGCCGGCUGGUGGCCAGCGGCUCCCUUGGGCGGCCGGCUGGUGGCCAGCGGCCGGCCCGAGGCAGCUCUCGGUCUGUCUCGGCGGGCCCAUGUGAAUUCCGUUGCUCGUCACCUCACGUUCCAUUGUCUGCGCCCGCCCCCGCCGGCGGGGUCCUGGCUGGGUGCUGUCCAGCCUGUGAGCAGCAGGCGCAGCUCCGGGCCCGAGCUCGGAGCAGGAGAAGAAGGGCUUACCGAGGCGGUAGCGGCUGACGGGGAGAGAGGCUGCUUUGCCGCCUCACCUGGGCUCUGGGCGCCGCAGGGCCUGGCUCAGAGCCUCCGCGGGGUCCGGAGAGCCUUCCCGCGCCCCUCGAAACGGCCUGGCGUGGCGGAGCAUCGCAGGGAAAGAAAACAUGGCAACUGCUGCUGGCAGAAAGGAGGCCACUAGAGAUCUGGAUCGUUGUGAUAUCCCAUUCUAUGUCUCUGAAUUUGUGGAGAGAGAAGUUGGAAAUGACUAUGAUUCUUUGAGGAAGCUGGACUGCCUUAUUGAUCAGCUGUCUGAAAAUAAGCAGCAGUUAGAAGAACAGGUGCUUACAGUUUCAUCAGAGGUCCCUAAAAGAAUUCAUAACGCCUUGAAGAAUGCAGAGGACUCUAAAAAGUCUCUGGGUCAGCUUCUAGAGGAAGAAGCUCUUCUCUCUGAAUCAAUCAGUAGCCACUUACUGAAAGCUCAGCCAUGGAUGGAGGACCUGGAUGCACUGAUUAGCCAAGUGGAAGAGCUUGAGCGACACUUGGCCUACCUGAAAUGGAUUUCACGAAUAGAAGAACUAAGCAGCAGCAUUCAGCAGUAUCUGCUGACGAACAGCGUUCCGGAGGCAGCCAGCACUCUAGCAUUCAUGGCAGAACUGGAUAUUAAACUUCAGGAGUCCUCUUGUUUUCAUCUUCUCACAUUUGUCAGAGCCACUGUUAAAUUCUGGCAUAAAAUCCUUAAGGACAAAUUGUGUAGAGACUUUGAAGAGAUACUGACCCAGCUUCGCUGGCCCUUUGUGGGGCCACCACAGUCUCAGGUGUUUGGCCUUGCUGCCCCAACGACUGCUCCAGAAGUAUACAGCAAUUUGGAGGUGGUGUUUUGUCAGCUUCUGAAACUGCAGACCUCAGAUGAGCUGUUAACCAAACCUAAGCAGUUGCCAGAGAAGUACUCUUUACCCCCAUCACCACCCAUUAUCCUGCCGAUACAGAUCAUGCUGAACCCUCUUCAGAAAAGAUUCAAGUACCAUUUCACUGGGAAUAAACAAACCAACGUUUUAAGCAAGCCCGAGUGGUACUUAACACAGGUGCUUAUGUGGAUUGGAAACCAUGCAAAGUUCCUGGAUGACAAAAUUCAGCCAAUACUGACCAGAGCUGGAUCUUCAGUGAAUGCUGGGCUGGAAUUCUCUCGUGCUCUGGUAAUGCUGAUUCUGGAGAAGCUGGCUGCUGACAUUCCCUGCCUGCUGUACGAUGACGCGCUCUUUUGUCACCUGGUGGAUGAGGUGCUGCUGUUUGAGAGAGAGCUGUACAGCGUUCAUGGUUAUCUCAGCAGCUUCCCCAGCUGCAUGCAUAUUCUCUCAGAAGAAUCCUGCUUCCAGAGGUGGCUAACAGUGGAAAAAAAAUUUGCUCUACAGAAAAUGGAUUCUAUGCUUUCGUCAGAGGCCGCGUGGGUAUCGCAAUACAAAGAUAUCACCGACGUAGAUGAAAUGAAAGUUCCAGACUGUGCUGAAACGUUCAUGACUCUGUUGUUAGUUAUAACAGACAGGUAUAAGAAUCUUCCAACAGCUUCCAGAAGACUGCAGUUCCUGGGCCUGCAGAAGGAGUUAGUUGAUGAUUUCAGGAUACGAUUAACUCAAGUGAUGAAGGAGGAGACCAGGGCUUCUUUGGGGUCCCGGUACUGUGCCAUCCUUAAUGCUGUUAACUACAUAGCAACAGUGUUAGCAGACUGGGCUGACAAUGUGUUCUUCUUGCAGCUCCAGCAGGCUGAGCUGGAGGUUCAUGCAGAGGGUGGUGCUGUCAGUCAGCUGCAGCUCGGGCAGCUGGCCUCGAUGGAGAGCUCUGUCUUUGACGAAAUGAUUCACCUCCUGGAGCGUCUGAAACUCGACAUGCUGACUCGGCAAGUAGAUCAUGUCUUCAGAGAGGUCAAAGACGCAGCAAAGCUGUACAAAAAAGAGAGGUGGUUAUCUUUACCAUCUCAAGCAGAGCAAGCAGUCAUGUCUUUAUCAAGCACAGCUUGCCCGAUGUUGCUGACCCUAAGGGACCGCUUGCUGCAACUGGAACAGCAGCUUUGUCACUCGCUCUUCAAAGUCUUCUGGCAAAUGCUUGCAGAGAAAGUGGAUGUCUACAUAUAUCAGGAGAUAAUUAUGGCAAAUCAUUUCAAUGAAGGAGGAGCAGCACAGCUCCAGUUUGACAUGAGUCGAAAUCUGUUCCCUUUAUUUUCACACUACUGCAAGAGGCCAGAAAACUACUUCAAGCACAUAAAAGAAGCCUGCAUCAUCCUGAACCUGAAUGUUGGCUCUGCGUUGCUUCUGAAGGAUGUACUGCAGUCAGCUUCAGAAAAUGAAACAUUGAAGCCAAACCAGCCCUCCGCAGCAGCAGCAUUAAAUGAAAUUGGAGUUUAUAAAUUAGCUGAAAAGGACGUUCAGAUCCUGCUCAAUUUGAGAGCUAGUUGGCCCAACACAGGAAAAUAAAAGACUUCUUCAGGAA